AUGCCCUCUCUACCCGUGUUGCAUAUCUGGGCCACCAGCGAUCCAAACUCCCCCCUUCCGUCGCUUGACCCUGUUUGCAUCGCCGCGCUUUUUUGUCUGCACUACAACUUCCCAGAGAAAUUCAAGGUUUCCCAGUGCACUAAUAGCGACUUGUCUCCGUCAGGAUCUCUUCCAUUCUUGACACACAAUGGACACUCGGUUUCUUCCUUGUACUCGAUUGUCCGGUAUCUAGAGAGACUUCAUGCAGGUGAAAGUGCCGAUGCAACGCUAACACCAGUCGAGGAGGCGCAAAAGACUGCGUGGUGCUCGCAUGUGGAGGCUAACUUGGGGACGUUGGUCGCAUACACCCACUAUUCUUCGACCAACUGGGACAAGUUUGUCGGGCGGGCACUGGCCAAGCCGUUUUCCUUACCCCAGCGAUACUACGUGCCUGCGCGCGUAAAGGCCAUCUACAAGCCCAGGCUGGAGGCGGCGGGGUUGUGGUAUCAACCAAAGGCCAUGACACAAUUGACGGGCUCAGUUUUCAACCAAACAACGUCGUUGGAGGCGCAUCAGCGAAAUGAACAACUCCAGGCCGCCGAGCUCAAAGACACUUUUUCUGAGGCGUUUGUUCAAGACAAGGCAUUAGGACAAGCACGCGACUUGUUCGAGAGAUACUCACGACUUCUGGGGGAUAAGAGGUUUAUUUUCCGAGAUCGACCCACAACACUUGAUUUUCUGCUUUCAGCGCAUAUUUUACUCUUGACCCAACUGCCUCUUCCCGACAAACACAUCACAGACGCAUUAGCUUCGUAUCCAGCACUUGUUGCCCAUGCCGAUCGUGUUCUGGCACUUUAUUCCGACAGUCCGAAGCCAGUGGUGGGAGCAGCGCAAGGACGGUCAUUAACGGAUCUCCUUCCUCGACGGCGCACCCAGAAUGACGCAGACACUCAUUACGACCGCAUCACUUGGGGCUGGGUCGCGCUUUCUGUUGGCAGCGUGGCGAUCUACCUGACAACAGCAGGGAAUCCGCUUCAGAAUUUGUAUUACUACAUGGACUACCUCGCAUUACACAUCCACAAGCUUCUUCUCCUGCUUUGGCUCCCAGACGCUAUGAACACGCUCUAUUAA